AUGAGUUCUGGGGGCAAUGGAUCUUCUUUACCGCCGUUCGUGAAUGCGCAACCACACAAUCCUUUACUGAUGAAACAACCGGGAAUACCGCCUCUGGGAAUGAUGAUGCCCCCACCCGGUGGAAUGAUGAUGCCUUCACAAGGAGGAGGAGGAGGACCACCGGGGAUGAUGUUCCCGCCGAAUCCGAUGCUCAUGAUGCCUCCCGGAGGAGCAGGAGCAGGAGGGGCUCCGAUGAUGAUGCCACUCAUGGGGGGAGGAAAUCCGUCGUCGAAUUUACUGAUGCGACCGAUUAAUUUGAAUCAACACCCGACGGGUUUGCCGCCGAAUUUGUUGGUCAUGUUCAAAGCGAGGCCGCCGGUGAAGUGGUUUCCGCCGGCGAAAGCGAGGAAGACGUGUAAACGUUUGACGGGAAUCGGGAAGUAUUUGUAUUUAUUCGGCGAGAAGGAGAACGAGGAAGGAGAAGAGAAGAGAGAGUCGAUGAUUUUAGGAGAAGAGAAGGACACAGACGAGGAUGCCUCCGACGUGGACGUGAACGACGACGGAGAGAUCAUCGAGAUCGACGAGGAGACGAAACGGAAGCGAAAAGAGGAGAAGGAAAAAUUCGCGCUGUUGCCGGCAAAGACGAAAAAGAAAUUAGAAAAAGGGAAGAAGAUGUUAAAAGAGGCUUUGAAAGCGUGGGAUCCGCAUAAAGACGAGAAAGCGACUGGAGACCCGUACGCGACGUUGUUUGUCGCGAGAUUACCGUACGCAGCGUGCGAAGACGAGGACGUGUUACGACGAGAAUUUGAACGGUACGGCGAUAUUAAAGCGAUACGAAUAGUCAGAGAUACGGAUACCGGGAAACCAACGGGGUACGCGUUUAUCGAGUUUGAAACGGAAGAUGACAUGAAACGAGCGUUCGCGCGCGCAGAUGGGACGAGAAUUGAAGGUAAACGGGUCAUCGUAGACGCGGAGAGAGGACGAACGACGCCGAAUUGGCGACCGAUGCGCUUAGGCGGCGGUUUAGGAGGAUACACCAAACAGUUGAGCAAGAAGGAAAUUCGAAUGAAAGCGAUGGGGAACCAAUCCCGAAGAGGAGGUGGAGGAGGUGGAGGUGGAGGUGGCGGUUUCCGAGGCGGGCCUGGUGGCCCCGGAGGAGGUGGUGGCGGUGGCGGCGGUAGAGGCGGUAGAGCUGGGUUUGGUGACGAUCGUACCUGUCACGUGUGCGGCCAAACCGGUCAUUUCGCGCGAGAGUGCCCGGACAGAAGAGAGAUGAACCGAGGCAGAGGAAGAUUCGGUGGUGGUGGUGGUGGUGGUCGUGGUGGCGACGAUAUGAGAGACAGAGGAGACCUUCCUCCUCCUCCGUCGAGAGGAGAUCGAGGCGGUAUUGGGUUUUCCGGCGGCCGAGACGAUACUCGCGAACGAAGUCCCGGAGCGGCGCCGGCGCCGAGGUUUGGCACCGGCAUGAUUAUGGACGACGAUCGCGACAGAGGAGGAGAUAGAUUCGGCGGCGGUGGUGGUGGUCGAGACGGCCGGGACGACAGACGUCCACCGCGUUACGGCGACGACUUCGACCGAGACCGCAGAGGCGGCGGCAGAGACCGCAAACGCGGAAGGUCCCGCUCCCGCUCUCGAUCUCGAUCUCGCAGCCCGCCCGCGCGAAGAAGAAGCAGAUACGACGACGAUUACGACCGCGAAAGAGGCCCAGACCGCCGCCGAUCCGAUCGCCGAGACGACGACGACACUCAUCGCGGCGGCCGAGACACCCGAGGCCGGGGAGACCGCCGCGGCGGCGGCGGCUACGGUCGCUCGCGCUCGCCCUCGCCGAACUACCGAGACUUUGUCGACGAACCACCGCCACCUCCGGCGUCUCGCGGAGGACGACGAAGCCAUCGCCGCUCGCCCUCGCCACCUCCGGCCAAAAAAGAAAGCUCGGAAGAAGGCGAACUUUAG